AUGGAGAACACUGCAGUGUCAGAGGCCGCGCUCAAGGCCUCCAUCAUAGAGCGGCUCAACGCCAUCCAUGUCGACAUCACCGACAUGUCUGGCGGCUGUGGCCAGGCCUUCUCAACCUUGAUUGUCUCGCCCGACUUCGCCGGGAAGAACUCGCUCAAGAGACACCGCCUAGUCAAUUCCGCCCUGAAGGAGGAGAUUGCCGCCAUCCAUGCAUGGACUGCAAAAUGCCAGACACCCGAGGAGUGGCAAAAGGCAAAGGCUGCCACUGGUGACGAUGCGCCCCGCCUUGACGGUACUGUGGAUGGUAAAGUUCAGGGCAGUACUGCCUGA